CAUCGCUAUUGCGUUUCGAAUAUUCCAUUUAUACGCACGGGCACGAGAUUUGUUCCGAGCAGCUAGAAACUUUUAAAUUAUUGCACAAAAUUAUAAGUGAACGCCCCGCGCCCCUUCACCCACUUGGGGACCUUGUUCGUUCGGCGGCGGCCAGAAAUACCGGGGAAAGUGUCCGUGAAUCGCGAAGUUUUCCCAAUGAAGCGCUGAGAUCGGAACGACCGACAGCAGCAACAACAACGAAACAGAAAAGAACGGAUAAAGAAAACACACCAAAAUGCUAGAACCGCCGAAAUUCAUUGAGAAUGAUUGCUACAACGGCAGCCGGACCUUCACCUGGUUGGCGGAUAUGGUGGGGCUAUCGGUGGACUUGGUAAACUUUUUGAUUUGUCAAAUAUCGGCUCUCUUUUUGGCCUCGCUCUUCCGGUCCGUUCUGCAUCCUUCGAAGGUGUCCAGCAAGCUGCGCCACACGUUCGCCCUUUCGAUUGGCCUGGCCUUCGGCUACUUUUGCUUUGGCCAGCAGGCAAUCCACAUUGCCGGACUGCCGGCAAUAUGUUACAUCGUCAUCCGCACCCAGGAUCCGCGCAUCGUCCAAAGAGCCGUCCUGCUGGUGGCCAUGAGCUAUCUGCUGUGCGUGCACCUUAUGCGCCAGCUCUACGACUACGGAUCCUAUGCCCUGGACAUAACCGGGCCCCUAAUGAUCAUCACCCAGAAGGUGACCAGUCUGGCCUUUAGCAUUCACGAUGGCUUCGUGCGGCGGGAUGAGGAACUCACCAAGGCCCAGCAGUACCACGCCAUUCGCAAAAUGCCCACGGCCUUGGAGUACUUCUCGUACGUUUGGCACUUCCCAAGCAUUUUGGCAGGUCCUCUAGUCUUUUACAAAGACUAUAUUGAGUUCGUGGAAGGCUACAACCUUUUGAGCAGUCCCCCGGGCAACGGAAAUCUGGAUACCAGCAAGAGAGAAGUAGUGCUGGAGCCUUCACCUACUAAGGCGGUGAUUCGUAAAGUGGUUGGCAGUCUGGUGUGCGCGUUCAUAUUCAUGAAGUUCGUGAAAAUGUAUCCUGUGAAAGACAUGAAGGAGGACGACUUCCUGAACAACACCAGCAUGGUUUACAAGUACUGGUACGCCAUGAUGGCUACCACCUGCAUACGCUUUAAGUAUUAUCACGCCUGGCUCCUAGCGGAUGCCAUAUGCAACAACUCAGGCCUCGGUUUCACUGGCUACGAUAAGGAGGGCAAUUCCAAGUGGGACCUGAUAUCCAACAUCAAUGUGCUGUCGUUUGAGUUUUCGACGAACAUGCGCGAUGCCAUUAACAACUGGAAUUGCGGAACUAACCGUUGGCUGCGAACGCUUGUCUACGAGCGGGUGCCGAAGCAGUACGGAACUCUCCUCACCUUCGCCCUCAGCGCCGUCUGGCACGGCUUCUAUCCGGGCUACUACCUGACCUUCGCCACCGGUGCCGUCGUUGUGACGGCCGCUCGCACCGGCCGGCGCCUCUUCCGCCACCGCUUCCAGAGCACGCAGGUCACACGAAUGUUCUACGACAUCCUCACCUGCCUGAUCACACGCGUCGUACUGGGCUACGCCACAUUCCCAUUCGUUCUGCUUGAAUUUAUGGGCAGCAUCAAAUUGUACCUGAGAUUUUAUUUGUGCCUUCACAUCAUUUCACUAGUGACCAUAUUUAUUUUACCCAUGUUUAUUCGCGGCGAACGCCGGGUUCGCACGAGUGGCGGUGAAAACGGCCAGUUGGCGGGCAGAGGCAAUGUCAAGGAUGCCGCCUUGAAGACGACCGCAAACGGGGAGUCUGCUGCCGCCCUGACCGCUGACAAUGAUCUCAACGAGGAUAGGGAGGACGACAAGCACGCUCAACGUAAAGUCAACACGCCCACACACCAGCAGUCAACUGCUGUUCUACACAACACAACCGAACAACAGCCAAUCGAGCAACCGAACAAUGUAAACCUUCGACCACGCCCACAGCAGCAGAAGCAGCCACAUCUGGAGAAGAAGCCGAUGAUCAGGUGCGCACGCGACGCAGUUAGUGUGCCCCAUGACCAGUGCGAGAUGGACCAACUGUCCAGCAAGCUGAAGGAGAAGAUCGACGCGGAGACCAAAAACAUUGAGGAUUUUAUUGAUAAGACUGUAACCGAGACCGUCAGCGGCAUUGUGGAAUUCAAAAAGGAUCUGAUGCGGGACAUCGAGUUUCCCAAACUAAAGCUGCCCGGCAGCAACGGCGCUGCCUUGGAAUCUUCCACGACCGGCGGUCUCCGCAAACGCAACAUAUCCUCUGUCCAUGACAAUGGCACAGAUUCUGGCAAUGCUCCCGCCGACCUCCAUCAUCCGCUCGAGGAAAACGGCGCCGCCUUCCUGAAGAAGGAAAUCGAGGUGAUCAACGCGGUGGUGCAGCAGGCAGUGCCGGCCGUGCUUAGCAACGGUCAUGCAAAAUAGUGGCAUCGAUCAGCAGGUGUGGGAAGACCGAACCAAGCAACGACAAAGAAGAUGACACGGCAGGGAAUGGAGGCGGCCAGGGGACAAAAUGGGUGCUGCACCUCGGAUUGGCUGAUUAAUAGAUAAAUUGAACUGACAGGUUUAUCCGACACGCACACGAUAUACGCACACUACACGCUCACACACAAACGGCAGACACUCUUUGGUUUCACUUUGAAUGGAGUACUUUUAGUUGAUAGUCGUUUAGAACACAGAUUGUUUACACUGAAGUCCAAGGCGGCUUAUAAGCCAAAUAAUAAAUAAGAUACACUUUUAUAUUUGGUAUACCAGCAGCCAAACCUAUGUUCAAAUUAACUAAAUGUGCACCAAAACUCUAAUUGUUGUUGAAAAGAAAUCUAUGUACGUUUGUAGAUGUUUAUUUGUUAAGUACCAUGUCCUGAGGCGAACAGUGCGUUUUAAAGCUAGUCCCUAGACAUAUCCACUGGGAUAACCCAAAGUUGAUCAAGCCAAGCCAAACGAUAGAAGAUCUUUAAUCAUCCAAAUCUAGCCGACUGAACCCAACUGCAAAACUUUUUUACGAGUUGUUUUAACAACACCAAAAUAAGAUUUGAAACGCGCUGUUUGCAUCGUGCAAUUUGAUAGAAUCCAUAUAUAUUUAGGUAAACCAGCAUAUGUUGAAAUAUUUACCAUAUAGUCUAUGUGCGAGCAACUAAACCAAUUUUCAAACUUCAGUACUAUUGUAGUUAAAAUCCCGCCCGAAAGAACCGAAAACAAAUCGUCAACGUCACGUGACAAGUAGAACCAAUGAUAUCCUCUUCUAGCAAAAGAAAUGUAAAAUCCACGGGGCUCGCAAGCAACAGCUUAUUAACAAAUGGAUUCAGAAAAGGCACAGACAAGACUGAAUGACUUCAGUUUUUAGUCAAACCCCUCAGUGAAGAAUAUCUAUUUCUUGUUGUAUUUUCAGCCGACUGUCAUUUGCGAGCUCUGCGAAAAACAAAAGUAAACCAAAUCUUAACUUUAGACUGAAACUAUUGACAAGUACUAAGCAACAAAAAAAAAAGAAAGACAAAAGCCAAGCAAUUUGUGUCUAGCUAAAGUUAGUUAGUAAGCCGUCAAGUUGUUUUUGAUAUUCAAUUUAAUCCAGUUUUUGUACAACUGCGCGAGUGUGUCUGGAAAGGAUAUUCCAGCCAGCUUCCAUAUAUACUUCCCAACGCGGCAUUUUAGCUGGUCCACAUCUUUUUGUAAAUGUUCGUGUCUCCCACUUGUGGCUUCCUAAUCCGUAGCUCUUAGGCAAGCACUUUAUAUACCAUUUUUGUUUUCCCUUUUAUUUUGUUAGUUCCAAUAAAUGUUUCCGCAACAAAUCCUCACAUAUAAACGAUAUAUUUUUAUAUUUCUUGUAAAACCAGAACGAAAACAAAACCACUCUAACCGUAAGAGAAAUCUCGCACAUUUGUUUCGAUUGAUUGUCGAGAAAAUCUCGAUAUGCAGUCCAGUUGCAUCAGAUAUACAAACCAAUUUAAGCAUUGAUAUUCGACGAAUAAAUCGUGUAUGUGUA